GCAAACCACCAGUGGAAUACACGGACUUGGUGAGCCUACAACAAUAAGGACAAAUAUGACGAACGACGCGAAACAAAAGGCCGACAAUACGGCUAACAGUGACGGGGAAGAAGAAGAGGACAUGUUUCACGAUGCGCGCUUCCCCGCUGAAGAAGAAACGCGACUCUUAGAAGAAUCCCAUACCAUCAAAGCCGAAGCCAACAAACUAUUUACCGCAGCGUGUUAUGACCAAGCUAUCUCGUGCUACGACCGCGCCCUCGCCUCAUGCCCCAACUACCUCGACUACGAAGUCGCCGUUCUGCGAAGCAACAUGGCCGCAUGUUAUCUGAAACUUGAAGACUGGAAAGCGUCUGUCGACUCAGCGACAGCAUGCAUCGAUCGCUUGGAUAAGGUGGUUCCUUCAGCGACAGGGACAGCAGAUGCGGAGGGUGUCAAUGGAAAGCAGCCGCAAGAGUCGAGUGGCGAAGACGCCGUGGUCGAGAUAACGGGUGACGAUGACGAAGCCGAGGAAGAGCUGAAGCGGUUACAAAAGCAGGAUGAGAGGAAACGGGAUGUGCUGCGUAUUCGCGCAAAGGCGCUCAUGCGACGGGCGCGGGCGAAAAUGCAGCUCGGUGGCUGGGGGAACCUGCAAGGGGCGGAAGAGGAUUAUAAGGAGUUGGCUGCCAUGGACAAUUUACCAUCAGACGAUAAGCGAAUUGUGCAGAAGGCUCUUCGGGAGUUGCCUGCGAAGAUCGGUCAAGCGAGGGAGAAGGAGAUGGGGGAGAUGAUGGGGAAGCUCAAGGAUCUGGGUAAUGGAUUCCUUAAGCCGUUUGGGCUGUCGACAGAUAACUUCAACUUUGUGCAGGAUCCGAAGACGGGUGGAUAUAGCAUGAACUUCCAGUCAUGAGCUUCCAGUUAGUUGAUGCGCUGAUAGAUUGGCCGGUUAUGGUGCAUCGCGGAGUUUGAAUUUUUGAUAGCUGAGCGUCAUUUAAAUUAGUCGUCAUUUCAUGCCCGACAUGGGUUCCCUUGGUAGACGAUAUUUACAAAUCAUUGACAGGACAGUAGGGGUUUGGAUUACUACUGUUGUAGUCGUGGUCAAGUAACAGCGGUUGGGCCAUGCCUUAUGUUGAGCGCAGCCAAAGCAACGCGACAGCCAUGGUCUGAUUGAAGUCGCUUAGCAGCUGCAGCAUCGGACCGAGUGUCAACAGAGCUGGGGGCAGGGCGAUACCAGAAAGAGUCAAGAUGGACAUGGGGAUCCCCGCAUAUCCGCACUGGGGGAUUUCCGAGCGGGUUGCUAUAUCCUUAACUCCGGACUGCCAUCAACUCAAAUCAACACCAUUCCUCUCCAC